GGGGGUGGGGUGCGCAGGCGGGAGGAGCGCCAGUAGCCUCUUUGUUUCUGACGGCGUGUGGUGGGCGCACAUACUACAAUAGUCCGAAUGGGUGGUUUUGGGUGGCUUUCAUCGUCAACGAUAGCUGAGGGAUGUGGUGAUAUUUCAAGCGUUCGUACAAACUCUUAUGAAGGACUGAGGAAAAGUGUGGAGAUCGAUUUAACGAGGACUGAGACGGCGGUUCUUCUCGAAACACGAUGAGCUGGAGCUUUCUUACGCGGCUGUUGGAUGAAAUCUCCAACCACUCCACCUUCGUGGGCAAGAUCUGGCUCACAUUAUUUAUCAUCUUCCGCAUUGUGUUGACAGUUGUGGGGGGAGAAUCGAUAUACUACGAUGAACAGAGCAAAUUUUCGUGUAACACCCAGCAACCUGGUUGCGAAAAUGUCUGCUAUGAUGCAUUUGCACCACUCUCUCAUGUAAGGUUUUGGGUUUUUCAGAUAAUUUUGAUCACGACCCCCACUAUUAUGUACCUGGGCUUUGCUAUGCACAAGAUCGCUCGCAUGAAUGAUGAUGAGUACAAGCUGAGUAACAGGAAACGCAUGCCCAUGAUUAAACGUGGAGCCAAGCGUGAUUAUGAGGAGGCUGAGGACAACGGUGAGGAAGAUCCCAUGAUGAUGGAGGAGAUCCUGCCCGAGAAAGAGAAAGCUCCUGAGAAGCCCGCCCCUAAACACGACGGUCGGCGGAGGAUAAAACGGGAUGGGCUCAUGAAGGUGUACAUCCUUCAGCUUCUAUCUCGGGUUGCUUUCGAGGUGGGCUUCCUCUUCGGCCAGUAUAUCCUGUAUGGUUUCGAGGUCGCCCCCUCGUACGUGUGCACUCGGAGCCCCUGCCCACACACGGUGGACUGUUUUGUGUCACGUCCCACGGAGAAAACGAUCUUCCUGCUGAUCAUGUAUGCCGUGAGCAGUCUCUGCUUGUCUCUCACGGUGCUGGAGAUUCUUCAUUUGGGCCUCAGUGGAAUCCGUGAUGUUUUUCGGCGACGCGUGCGCCACCAUAGCGUUCCACGCCCCCGUGGCGCCAUAUGCAGACAGGUGCCCACAGCCCCACCAGGGUACCACACUGCACUGAAAAAAGACAAGCUGUCCAUGGGAUUGAAACCAGAGUAUAACUUGGACUCGGGUCGGGAGUCUUUUGGUGAUGAGUCUUCAUCGCGAGAUAUUGACCGCCUGCGUAGACACCUAAAACUGGCCCAGCAGCAUCUGGAUAUGGUCUAUCAGAAUGGGGAGAGCAAUCCUUCACGCAGCAACAGCCCAGAGUCCAACGGCACUGCUGUUGAGCAGAACAGACUCAACUUCGCUCAGGAGAAGCAGGAUAGCACAUGUGAAAAAGGGAUCCGUGCUUGAUUGAGACUAAUAGACUAUCAUCUGCUUUCCAGUGCAACAAAGCGCCUCACCUGUGGUUGGCAUUGCUCAUCUUGAUAUGCAGAAAGUGUCUGUAUGUGCGUGUUGUGUAUUUUAUGUUUGGCUGCUGAACAUUGUAUGAACCGAGUGGAGCAUGUGUGUCCUUGCGCACACUGGUGAAUCUGUAAGAAUAUGUCGUGCAGUAUUAUGGCAAGUGAAUGCUAAGUUAAAAUCUCAGAAAGCAACAUCUCACCAGCCAGUUAUACUUGACAUCAGCCAGUCUGCCUGAUACUCCAAAGUGCCCAAAAGCUAGUUAGGAAGAUGGUUGUUAUACUCCUCAGUCAUUAGGCGACUGUGCAAUGUCUCUCAUUUCUUGUCAUCUCUUUUUUUUUUCAUAGGGAAAAUAAAUUGUGGUUCUUUCAUUUGUUUACCACACUUCUUAUGAAGUGCCAAGGGUUGCAUCUCAAAAAUGCCUUAAACUGGAGUUUACAUAUCUUUGCCAUUCCAAAAUGAGAUGGACGAGCCAGAGUAAAACCACAUCAGAAGUGUAGUUUAGUGUGUUUAGAACAGUUCUGUGUUUUGAGUAGUGGACCACAAUUAGUGUAUGUUUGUAAUGAACAAAAUGGAAACCUGGAAAAUGCUUGAAUACUUGUGAAUCAAUUAUUGAUCUACAAAGAAGCUUUUGAUAUUCUAUUUGCAUUUUGGGUACUUAACCUGUAUAUGAGAAGUAUUUUGGUUACUAUGCCAAACUUAUUUUGAAGAAGCUUUUCUGUAGGCUACCAUUUCAGUCUUAUGUGUUUGCUUUUUGUUUACUUCUGUUAUAUUCUGAGGCUUUAAACAAGUUUGGAUUUCGUUUCAUUUGACCAACUGUUAGAAAGGCAAACUCAGCUUUUCAGAGAAUGUCUUAACACGAUUGAAAGCACUAAUUAAAAAAAUGCAUUUAAUUUGUUUUUCCCCCUUUUUUUAUAGUUUCUUUUCAGGUUGGUGUAUCAUUUAGCCUCCUUUAUGCAAAUGCAAAUCAUAAGUUGGUCCAAAUGCAGUUUACAUUGAAUAGCAAUAAGGUCUCAGAAUUUGAAAGCCAUAGAGCCUAAUGUUUUAUACAUGGUACCAAUGCAAUAUGUCGUCUUGACACUGUUUAAUUCACCCAUGUUUGUUAACAGCCAGGUUUUCCAUCUUUUGAUACAUUUCUCCAGGAUCAUCUCAAUUUUUUUUAUAUUUUCUAAUGCUUUUUGUAAGGUUUUGUAAAGUAUUUUGUAAUCUUAAAAUAAACCUUUGGUUUAAAAAAA